AUGAUUCAGCCUGGCUUGGAGCGAAUUAGCCUUUUGCUCAAAGAUGUCGAGUUUCCUUGGAAAGCCAUCCACGUCGCUGGCACCAAUGGCAAAGGAUCAAUCUGCCACUACGCAGCAAGCAUCCUGAAGCGAAGGACUAUCCGCGUAGGUACCUUCAAUUCACCGCAUCUUGUAGACAGGUGGGACUGCAUAAAGAUCAAUGGCGAGCCAGUCUCAAAAACUAGCUUCACCACCAUUGAGAAACAGUUUCUCACACGCAACCUGACCGAGGAAAUAAAUGCUUCUCCCUUUGAGAUCCUCACAGCCACGGCAUUAGCCUGCUUCAACAAGGCAAAGGUUCAAGUUGGCAUUGUCGAAGUAGGCAUGGGCGGCAGGUUGGACGCGACCAAUAUCAUCAACAACCAAUGUAUCUCUGUCAUCUCCAAGAUUGCAAGAGACCACGAAGCCUUCCUCGGAUCCACUCUAGAGGAAAUCGCCAAACACAAAGCUGGCAUCCUCAGGCCGAACGUCCCGUACACUGUCAACCCUGAAAACGAAUUCCAUGUCCAACAUGUCAUUGACGAGUAUGCCAAAGAAAUUGGCGCAGGACCGCGUCUAUUCCCCGACUCGCCAGCGUUGCGCAAGGGGCUCUAUAUGACAAAGGAUUGGAGAGCCUUUGCUCAACCCAAGGCUACAUGGCAGCGUGACAAUGCCGCCCUCGCAAUUGUUGCCGUCAAACGAGCCAUGAAGGGCUUGGGCACAAUCGAAGACGACAUGAUCGCAAACGAACUUACCAAAAUCCGCACUCAAAGAGUAACAGGGCGUCUAGAGUCGACCAAAAUUGUGCCCGUCUUCGGAAGCGCGGGACUUCCAGGACGACAGAUCCUCGUCGACGGCGCGCACAACAUCGAUGCAGCCCACGUGCUAAACGACUGGGUCACUAAAACAGAAAGAAAACCAAAGGACUGGCACAAGGAAUCGUCCAAGUUGCAUGGAAGGCCAGUAACAUGGGUGCUCGCCAUGACUGCCGGCAGAGACGCAGAAGCCUUUCUCAAAAUCCUGCUCCGCCCUGGCGACAAAGUCGUAACCACAUCCUUCGGCCCCGUAGACGGCAUGCCCUGGGUCCAACCCAUCGAUCCCGACGUACUCCUCAAAAUCGUAGAAUCCAUCCACCCAACCAUCACCGCUCUUGCCAUGCCACCGGGCGCCAGCCCCCUCCGCGCACUCUGCGCAGCGAAAUACUUGACAAACUCGUACUUUGACGCCCCCAUCGUCCUGACCGGCAGCUUGUAUCUAAUCGGCGACCUGCACCGGGCUAUGCGCCACCCCAACGGCAAAGACGGAACUUUCAACAGCAACUUAUUCUGGACGCAAUCGAUCUUCCAAAGCGAGCGGGCCAUGAUGCUAGAAAUGCAGAACGAAGAACGCGAGCGCGUGAAGCGCCUCAUGACCCUGCGAGACACCAAUAUCCCGAUCUCAGAGGACGAGAUGCCGACGCAGAAGCGGGAGAACAUGGUCGCCGCCGUCGAGCAGCUCGAGAGGGAGAUCGAUCUUAUCCAGAUUGAGCAACAGCAGGUGGCGGAUAGGACGCUCAAGGCUCCAACGCAGAGUGCGGAUGUCUCGUGGAGGUUCACCGAGACCAAGUCUGCGCCGAAGAUCCCCACGAGCCCGAGGAAGACGAUUGAGGAGAGGCAGAACGCGCUGGCUUCGAGUGAGGUCCCGUUGAGGUUCCAGAAAGUCGCGCCUGGGCUGAAUAGGUUCAAGCUGGGUGAAGACAGGCAGAACAGGAUGCCUCAGAGAAAGGCAAGCUCCGUGUGGACCAUGGAUAGACCGGAAUCGGGUGAGAAGAGGGAGAGCACGCUGCCUCCGAGCGAGCACAUGCUUAAUCCAAAUGUUCGCCGGCCUGACUUCCUGCGCCCGGGAAAUCAGGAUGAUGAGGUCAAGAACGACUAA